UGUAAUCACGUGCCUACGCCGACUUUGUAUCCCCGCUUCGAUGAGCAGUGUAUGGCAGCAAGCAUGGGACGCUGCCCAGCCCCGCCUCCACUCUAUACAAGAUGCUCUUGCGUCCCCAGAAUUUCCUAGACCGAACCCUCGCAUUAUUCGUGUCGGACAGCUAGACGCUGAGCUCCUCGAUGCUGAACUUGUUCACAUACUUACAGAACCGGUGUCGAAGGCUCUUGCGACCGUCAACGCAUCCAUGAAAGCUCGGCUUGAGCCUGAACUUGCAUUGCUCGUCCAGCUCGUGCUUUAUCGCUUCUCUGUGUGGAGUUCUGGUGCAAGCUAUGGCGCAAUGCUGCAGGGCCUGCGGUAUUCCGUGCCAAGUUCCAGCUUGGGUUCAAGCUCCAGGCCCCCACGACGAUUACUAAUAAUGCAUGGUGCACUCACUAUCCUCGUUCCCUACUUCCGCAACCGACUCAAUGCAUAUGCGCUCUCGCGUGCAUGGCCAGAUGCUCCUGCCUCUGAUACCCGUCGCCGCGCUUGGAGUGCCUUGACGAGUCUCGAAUCCGCACAUGGUGCACUCAGUCUGCUCAACUUCGUCGCAUUUCUAUGGAAUGGGAGAUACAGGACAAUUGUCGAUAGACUCCUGGCAAUGAGGCUUGAGCCUUCACAAGCUCUUCUCAAACGCGAUGUUAGUUACGAGUUUAUGAAUCGCCAGAUGGUCUGGCACGCAUUUACAGAAUUCCUUCUCUUCCUCCUCCCGCUCGUCAAUUCUCGCUCCGUGGCACGAAGGCUCACAUCAGCCCUUUCGUCUAUUCUCCCUGCUCCCUCCCGUUCACAAAAAAUACGCACACCGAAACGUGGAAAGUAUUAUGCCCUCCCGCCAGACCAGUGCGCAAUCUGUGCUGAGAACGCUGCCCUGAACGUGAAUCUUAGUGAUGCUGCUGGCGCGUUGGCAUCGUACACUCCGGCAUUCCCUGCAUCAUCAAACAAUGAUGCUGGUGAGAAUAAUAUUGAGGAAGACGGAGAACCUCCAUAUCCGAUAACAACACCGUAUCUUGCUUCUUGUGGACAUAUUUAUUGUUAUGCUUGUCUAGCUGAGCGCAUGCUCCGCGCCGCAGAUGAUGGUUCAUGCGGUUGGACGUGUCUGCGAUGCGCGGAGGAAGUGAGGAGUGCGGACAGAUACAGAUUGGAGGGUGAACACGGAAAUCUAAGGCGAAGUUCCGUGUUGAGUGGGGCCGAAAGCGAGGGCGUGGGUGAGGGAGAGAGAGAGAGGAGUGAUGCAGGAAGCAGUCAGGGGGAUGAGGGGAGUGAAUUCGAAUUCAGCAGCGAGUUCGGGAGUGGGACAGGCAGCUUGGGGAGCUAUACUUUUACGGGGAGUGAGGCUUGAGGCCUCGCUGCAAUGCUACAAUACCAUGGCAUGCUCAUCUUACAUAUAUUUAAGGUUUGAGCACAUCUUGGCAAAACCGAAAGCCAUUUCUUAGAUCCAUCACCCAGGUGGUCGCUUGAAGUAUGCACCGGG